AUGAUCAGAAUUCUUGUUACGGGUUGUAUAAAUCCACCAGAAGGCAGUUAUUUGCAAGAAGCAGAUGAAAUUCAUAGUAAAAGUAAGGCCAACGCAUUUCAGUUUCCCGAAGAUGAAGAUGAGCCACCGGUGAAAAGGAAGCAAUCUAAUAUGGAAAAAUCAAAGGCGAAAGUUCGGUCUGGAUUAACUGACAGAAAGGAGAAUGAGCCUUUAGUACAGAAAACAAGAAUGAAGAAAACCGGGACACGUAUACAAGUUGUUCACCUAUCAGUUGAUUCAGAUUCAGACGACAAAAAAGAAGUUGUCACAGAAGCGGAUGGGAGACAAAGUAAUAGUAAGGUCGACACAUUUCAGUUUCCUGAAGAUGAUGAAGAUGGUCAGUUUAGUGCUUGUGAAAGUGGGGAUGAAGACGAGCCACCGGUGAAAUGGAAGCAAUCUUCUAUGGAAAAAACAAAGGAGAAAGUCCGGCCUGGAUCAAUUGACAGAAAGGUGCAUGAUCCUUUAGUACACAAAUCAAGAAUGAAGAAAAUGGAUAAAGGACCAACGAAUGAACUGAGUAAUAUUGGCCAUCAGAAGAGAAAGAAGGCUAUAAACAUAGAUCGUGACACGAUGGGUGAAUUGAGUGGCUUAGAUCGUUACACAAGAGUUGAUAAAUCAAGUUCGGAUGAACAUGAAAAAUCUAAUAAGGGUAGCUCAAAAGAUGAUGGUGGGUCUCUUGAUGCAAUUUUGGAUUCAAAUAUUGCAAAUGAAGGUGUUCAAGGCAAAAAGUAUGUUAGUUCAUAUACGUACAGAUUUGAUGUCAGCGAAAACGAGUCUAAGAGUCAAACGACUGAUGAGUUCGGUGCAGAAGGCCUAUUUGAAGAGAUGAAAUUUGAACUUGAAUUUGACGAAAUGGGUUCCUACAGAGAUUCCACGGUUGAGAAACACGAGAAAGAUAAGAACAUUUCCCCUAUUGAUCUUUGCCGACGAGGGGAGCAUGGGGACUUUUACUUUGAGGAGCAAACGGGCUACAGGUGUUGUGCAUGCGGAGCUGUUAUUCUUGAGACCAAAGAUACGAUCUCGAAGCAUGCAACUUAUGCACCGGAUAAGUCAAAAAGAAGUUAUCGAUUUGAUGAAUAUCGGGUGUCUAGUUCUGAAAAUCUAUAUCCUGAAGGUGCAGACUCUAACUCUCCUGACAUCAUGUGUCACGAAACCAGAGGAACAGUUUGGGAACUUAUUCCUACUAGUAUCCGCUCUCACUUGUAUCCCCACCAACGACAAGCGUUCAAGUUUUUGUGGGAAAAUUUGGUAGGAACAAUAGAGUUUUCAGAACUACAAAAACUUGGUUCACGUGGAGGGGGUGGCUGCGGUGGCUGCAUCAUCUCUCAUGCUCCGGGCACUGGGAAAACCCUCUUAGCAAUCGUAUUUGUUGACACAUUCCUUAAAAUAUUUUCCAGAUGUUGUCCGGUAAUAGUUGCUCCAGCAAGCACGCUUCUAACAUGGGAAGCUGAGUCUAAGAAAUGGCCAGUUGGUUUUUCGUUUAUUAACAUAAGCAGUUCCCGCCACAAUAAAGAUUCUAUCCGUGCUAUAAAGAUAAGAUCUUGGAGUAAUGGUGGAAGCGUUCUUGGAAUAAGCUACAAUUUGUAUACAAAACUAGCUGGGAUUUUGAACACCAAGAACAAACGUCUUGAAAAAAUGAGGAACAUUUUGCUGGAUAUGCCGGGAUUAGUAGUUCUUGAUGAAGGACACACACCUCGUAAUCAGGAAAGCAACAUUUGGAAUACACUUUUGAAGCUAAAAACAAAAAACCGUGUGAUUUUAUCAGGAACGCCUUUUCAAAACAACUUCAGGGAGUUGUUCAAUACCCUACGUUUAGUAAGGCCAGAAAUCGUGAAGGGAAAGAUCUUUUCAGAUAUGAUUCGACAGAACAUGAAGAGAUCUGGAAGUAGAUCCACUUGUGAAGAUGUCGAGAAGAUCAGUAAGAUAAUUUCACCGUUUGUUCAUGUCCAUAAAGGACAUAUUCUUGAGAGCAAGCUUCCAGGUUUGAAAGAAAUUGUCAUUCUUCUAGACCCGCCUGCAAUUCAGAAGAGUUUGAUUGAAAAUUUGGAAAAUAUGACAACAUCUUUCGAGUAUGAACACAAAGUUGCAUUGGUCUCUGUUCAUCCUUCUUUGAUCCUACAUUGGUCAUUAUCUGAAAAAGAAGAGAAGUUGGUGAACAAACAAGAACUUGAAAAGAUGAGACGUCACCCCCAUUGUGGUGUGAAGACCAGAUUUGUUAUGGAGCUCAUUCGCCUUAGUGUAUUGUUAAAUGAGAAGGUUCUUAUAUUUAGUCAAUAUCUCAAGCCGUUGGAGUUGUUACAGGACCAAGUUGCUCGGGCUUUUCAUUGGAAUGUCGGGACAGAGAUUAUGGUCAUUGAUGGAAGGAUAACUCAGGUGCAUAGGCAAGCAAUUUUUAACGAUUUUAAUGAUCCAAACGGUAAAGGGAAAGUGUUGUUGGCGUCUACAAGAUGUUGUUCUGAAGGCAUUCAUCUUUAUGGUGCUUCUCGUGUUGUUCUUUUGGAUGUCGUUUGGAAUCCCUCUGUUGAAAGCCAAGCUAUUAGUAGAGCAUAUCGACUUGGCCAAAAGAAAGUGGUGUAUACUUACCAUUUAAUUGCUGGUACUACUGAGGAGGACAAGUAUAAUCAACAGGUGGAGAAAGCUCGGGUAGCUGAGAUGGUCUUUUCUUCGGGUUCAAUGGCUAGUGCGGAAGUUAGUAGAAAGGUGACCUUAGAUGAUAAGAUCUUGCAACACAUGUUGGACCAUCAAGAACUGAAACACAUGUUCAAGAAGAUCAGGUACCCUGAAAAUCAACCAAGAGUUUGA